AUGAAUUUAAGGUUAGAAUUACAAAGACUACUGGGACUAUGUUUUAUGUUUUCCUCAGCUUACAUGUUUUGGCAAAGUUUAUCACUUCUAGCUAACACAGAAUCACCAAUUGUAGUGGUCCUGUCAGGAUCCAUGGAACCUGCCUUCCAAAGAGGUGAUAUCUUAUUUUUAUGGAAUAGAGAUACACAAAAUAAAGUUGGAGAUGUCGUUGUCUAUGAAGUAGAAGGUCAAUCUAUCCCAAUUGUUCAUAGAGUAUUAAGAGAGCAUCAUUCUACCAAAAAGGAAAAACAAUUCUUAUUGACAAAAGGUGAUAAUAAUGCUGUUAAUGAUAUUUCAUUGUAUAAAGGUAAGAAGAUUUACUUAUCUAAGGAGAAAGAUAUUGUGGGAACAGUGAAAGGUUUCUUCCCCCAAUUAGGAUAUGUCACCAUUUGGGUUUCUGAAAAUAAAUACGCUAAAUUUGCAUUACUUGGGUUCCUUGGUAUUAGCUCUUUAUUGAGUGGGGAAUGA